GCGCUCCGCACCGUUCCGCCCCGCUCCGCUCCCGUCCCCCGCCCGGCCCGGCCCGGCUCGGCUCAGCCCUGCCUGGCCGCCGCCGCCAGCAUGGCGGAGCCUCCGCCCGCGGAGCCGGCGGGCAGGGAGCUGCGGGACCGCCUGAGCCUGUGGGACCGCCGCCCGCAGCCCACCGCGCCGCUCAGCGACCGCCAGACGGACUCGGUGCUGGAGCUGAAGGCGGCGGCUGAGAACCCGCCGGUGCCGCCCGAGCUUCCAAUUGAAGAUUUGUGCAGCUUGACAUCCCAUUCACUAACUGUGACGCUAGCGGCUGCGGUGCCAGAAUCCACAGAGGAUGUCCUCUUGAAAGGAUUUGCCAAACUGGGGAUGGAGGAUGAAAGAAUUGAAACAGCCCAGCAGUUCUUCUCCUGGUUUGCUCAGGUACAAACACAGAUGGAUCAAGAUGAAGGUGCCAAGUACAGACAGAUGAGGGAUUACUUAUCUGGCUUUCAGGAGCAAUGUGAUGCUAUCUUGAAUGAUGUGAAUAGUGCACUUCAACACUUGGAAUCACUGCAAAAGCAGUAUCUUUUUGUGUCCACCAAGACGGGAACGCUGCAUGAGGCCUGUGAGCAACUUCUGAAAGAGCAGUCAGAACUUGUUGAAUUGGCUGAAAACAUCCAGCAGAAACUUUCUUAUUUUAAUGAGCUGGAAAGCAUCAACACAAAAUUGAAUUCCCCUACGCUGUCCGUGAACAGUGAAGGAUUCAUUCCCAUGCUGGCUAAACUUGAUGAUUGUAUUGCAUAUAUUUCAUCCCAUCCAAAUUUUAAGGACUAUCCUGUAUAUCUGACUAAAUUUAAACAAUGCCUUUCUAAAGCUAUGCACCUUAUCAAGACGUACACUGUGAAUACACUACAGAACCUCACAAGCCAGUUAAUGAAAAGGGAUCCUUCAGCUGUGCCAAAUUCCGACAAUGCCUUCACGCUGUUUUAUGUAAAAUUCAGAGCAGCUGCUCCCAAAGUCAGAACUCUUAUUGAACAAGUAGAGCAAAGAUCUGAAAAAAUGCCAGAGUAUGAACAAGUUCUCAAUGAAAUCCAUCAAUGUUACCUUGACCAGAGGGAGCUUUUGCUUGGUCCAAGUAUCGCUAGCACUGUUACAGAGUUAACCAGUCAGAACAACAGGGAUCAUUGUGCUCUGGUACGGAGCGGUUGUGCCUUCAUGGUCCAUGUAUGCCAGGAUGAACACCAGCUUUACAAUGAGUUCUUCACAAAACCAACACCAAAACUGGAUGAACUCUUGGAGAAGUUGUGUCUUUCACUGUAUGAUGUCCUGAGACCAAUGAUCAUCCAUGUCAUUCACUUGGAGACACUUUCUGAACUCUGCGGGAUUCUCAAAAACGAAAUGCUUGAGGAUCACGUACAGAACAAUGCUGAACAACUGGGAGCGUUUGCAGCUGGUGUCAAGCAGAUGUUGGAAGAUGUACAAGAGCGUCUUGUCUAUAGGACGCAUAUUUACAUCCAGACCGACAUUACAGGUUACAAGCCUGCUCCAGGUGAUCUUGCAUAUCCUGACAAGUUGGAGAUGAUGGAGCAAAUUGCACGGAGUUUAAAAGAGGAACAGAAGCAGCUGCCAUCUGAAGCUUCAUUUUCAGAUGUCCGGCUAGAAGAUCCUGAGUCCUGCAGCUUAGUUAAAUCUGGUUCUGCAGAAUCCCUUAAUCCCAGGCAGCAGACCACAAUUUCCCCAGCAGAUCUGCAUGGAAUGUGGUAUCCUACUGUCAGAAGGACUCUAGUGUGUCUCUCCAAACUGUACAGAUGUAUAGACAGGGCAGUGUUCCAGGGAUUAUCGCAAGAGGCCUUAUCUGCCUGCAUCCACUCACUGCUGGGAGCUGCUGAUUCUAUCAGCAAAAACAAGACCCAGGUUGAUGGACAGCUUUUCUUAAUAAAACACCUUUUGAUUCUCCGUGAACAAAUUGCUCCUUUCCACACUGAUUUCACCAUUAAGGAAAUUUCCCUGGACCUUAAGAAAACUAGAGAUGCAGCAUUUAAAAUCCUGAACCCUAAGACAGUUUCAAGAUUUUUUAGACUCAACAGCAACAACGCCUUGAUACAGUUCUUACUGGAGGGCACCCCGGAAAUCAGGGAACAUUACAUCGACUCUAAGAAAGAUGUGGAUCGUCACCUGAAAUCAGCCUGUGAGCAGUUUAUUCAGCAGCAAACCAAACAGUUUAUAGAACAGCUGGAGGAGUUCAUGACAAAGGUAGCUGCUUUAAAAACAACGGCCACUCAAGGAGGUCCCAAGUACAGCCUUUCACAGCAGCCUUGGGCACAACCAGCAAAGAUCAACGAUCUGAUCUCUUCCACUUACAAGACAAUAAAAACAAAGCUGCCAUCAACGUUACGAAGCAUGUCGUUGUACUUGUCCAAUAAAGACACAGAGUUGAUUUUGUUCAAGCCAGUUAGGAAUAACAUUCAGCAAAUGUUCCAGAAACUCCAUGCUUUGUUAAAGGAGGAAUUUAGUGAUGAAGAUCUCCAGAUCAUAGGUUGUCCUUCAAUGGAACAGGUGAACUUACUUUUAUCGAUGUCCAAGUAGCCCAACAAGUGAGGCUGCUUGAAAUAGGCCUCAGCUGAAUGCCAGACAGUGAAGGGAAUGCAAAGACUUGAAGUCAACGAAGGAUCCCACUGCGCAGUCCAGUCUGCAUGGAAACUGUCCAGGCUGCUUAAUCCUGUUCUAGGAAAAGAAAAAAGAAAUCCAGUUUUAUUGAUUUGCUAAAGGUCUUCCUGUUUGUCGACUUGAGAAGUAGCAAGGGAAGAAAUCAAAACAGCCUCCCCUGCUCCCUUUCUGCUGAUCACUGUUAUGGAAGCUCAGUUUACUGCCUUAUCUGGAUAUUUUCAAAGUCAAAAUCCUGUUUUGUUUGGUUUCUUUUUUUAAAAUGCCUUUCUUGUUUUCCUUUAAUGAGCUGAUGUAUGCAGUGAAAAGCAGCCCUUUCAAAGACAUGCUGGAAAUGAAGUGCAGGGAAUCAAAUGGGAGCAGUAAUAGGUAUUUACAAGGCUUGGAGACAGGCACACUGGUUAUGGCAAUUUGACUUGAGCAGGCAUACUCUUGAUUUUUCUUUAACUCUCCUGAAAAUCCUGGUAAUUCACCACGUGCUUGAAACAUAAUUCAGACGUUCUUAGCUGGGAGAACUCGAUUUCUUGCAUGUGAAGCAUUUCUUGAAGCACUGGAUGUGCUGUUUUUCUUCCACUUGUGACUGGGAGCUGUGAUGACAGACCUGAAGCUGCCUCUAUGAAGCUCCUUGGGACUGGCAGUGGAAAGCUGUGCAAUAUGAUUUCUGAUGUUUCUGAGGGAGCUGCGUGUUUUCAGCUGCUUUACAGCAAAGCUUAGCAUUGAGAUUCUCAGGUACUUAGUUUUAGGUGAGAGAUGGAUUUUUUUUGCCUUACCCAGGAUCAAAUGGUGGUGUCACAUCGUGUAAAGCGGGGACUGGAACUCAGACAGCCUUUGUGUGCUGAAGUUAGUGCUGAAAAGGGGGUUUGGGGAUGCCAGAAGUGGCACUCACAAGCGUGUCAGUGUUCAGUAUUGUGAACAGAGGAUAGGUACUGGGUAAUUGGUAAACCAUGCACACUGUUCAGUAUGCAUCAAUCAGGCAUGAUUUUGGGGAGCUGAAUGCUGAGCACUUGGCCAUUGAUGGAAUGAAACACUACAAGCAGCUUCAGGGUGUCUUUAUCGUGCGGUGCCAUGAGAGAAACACGUGGUGACUUACACGGCAGAUUUUUAACUUAUUUGUGAAACCCGUUCUGUAGUAUAAAACAUAUAGAAACUUCCAUGCACAGUGCUGGUGUUUGAAUUUAAUGAUUUUCCUCUUCUGAAUCACGUGGCUGGAGACUUUAAGGUGGUAGGAUUUAAAGCUACAGCGAGAAGUGUUGGAGCGGUGGUGCUGAGGUACAGAAAUGGUACUCGUAGGACUUGAAGCGACUCCUUAAAAAUUAACUAAAGGAACUAACAAGGAGGAAAACUUGCCCUUUCUUUUUACUUAUGUAGAAACACAGGCUGUGAAAUACUGUCCAGUGCAUUGUAAUAUAUGUAUAUUUGUUUUUUAUAAAGCUUUAUGGGAGGACUGUGUGGUUGCUGUACAGAAUUGGGACUGACUUAAUGCAGAGGUUGUACAGACAAGAAAUGAAGGGUAAACCGUGGCAGUAGUCACUCUCGUGCGUGGGAUCUUUUCCUCUCUUAGAGUACUCGGCCAGCUCUAGGCCAGCUGGUUGAAAGAUUAGGAGAGCAAUCAGUUUAUACAGCCUGUUUGCUAAAUGAACAUUUGUUUAAACAUGUACAGUUUGAGAUAUUUACGUUUACAAAUAGUGUAAAUAGUUUCAAAAGAUUAAUUUAAGAUGUUUAUAUUAUCUGACUAGAAACUUGCUGUUUUUAAUUUUUUAAAAUUAAGGAAAAAAGAUGUUGCCUCCUAUUUUGGUCCAAGAGUAAAAGCUUUAUUCUGUAUCCUGAGGCUCGUGUGUCAAGAUAACUGUAAUACAGAGACGAUAAAACAUGCUGUAAGCACAGGCAGUGCGUCACUGAGAAGAAAUCUUCUUCUUUAGCAGUAAGAGAAUUGACUUUAUUUGGCACAGAUGUGUACCUGAGUGCUGAAUGUACAGCUAAUUGUGAAAGUAAUGCCUCUUUAUGGUUAUAAUAAAAGUAAAUUUGUAUUUUCUUUACUGACAAA